AUGCGUUUGGCUGCGGCUCAGAUGCUCCGCGGCGUGGUCCAGCGGAGGGGCUUCGCGACCACGGCUCGACGGCUCGACAACUACGCCUUUAUCGGCCUCGGCCAAAUGGGCUACCAAAUGGCCAAGAACCUCCAAUCCAAGCUCCAGCCCAGCGACAAGGUCUCGCUCUACGACAUCAACGGCGACGCCAUGAAGAGGCUGCAGGCUGAAAUGAAGGCCGCUUCUACGGGUGCCGCCGUCGAGCUCGCUGCCAGCGCCCACGACGCCUCCAAAGAAGCCGAUACCGUCAUUACCGUACUCCCGGAGCCGCAGCACGUCCAGGGCGUGUACCAGUCCAUCCUCGCCCCGUCACUGCCCCGCCGCGACCGCGUCUUCAUUGACUGUUCCACCAUCGACCCCUCGACGUCGCGCGCCGUCGCGGCCUCGGUCGCCGCCGCGCAGCAGGGCGUCUUUGCCGACGCGCCCAUGUCGGGCGGCGUCGUCGGCGCGACCGCCGGCACGCUCACUUUCAUGCUCGGCGCGCCCGCGGCGCUGCUGCCGCGUCUCGAGCCCACGCUGCUGACCAUGGGCCGCAAGGUGCUGCACUGCGGCGACCAGGGCGCCGGUCUGUCGGCCAAGCUCGCCAACAACUACCUGCUGGCGCUCAACAACAUUGCGACGGCCGAGGCCAUGAACCUGGGCAUGCGGUGGGGGCUGGAUCCCAAAAAGCUGGCGGGCGUGCUGAAUGUGAGCACGGGCCGGUGCUGGCCGAGCGAGGUCAACAACCCGGUCAAGGGCGUGGUCGAGACGGCGCCGGCGGGCAGGGACUAUGCGGGCGGCUUCGGAAUUGCCCUGAUGAAGAAGGAUUUGAGGCUGGCCAUGGUGGCGGCGGAGGAGGCGGGCGCGCAGAUGAAGCUGGCGGAUGCGGCGUUCAAGGUGUACGACGAGGCGGCAGAGCGGGAGGACUGCAAGGGGCGUGACUUUUCUGUCGUGUAUAGGUAUCUGGGUGGCAAAGAGUAA